CCUCUUGCCCGUCUCUUUCCCUUAUUUUUUUUCUUUUUCAUUGUCCUCUCUCUCUCUCUCUCUCUCUCCGCGCUCAUCAUUAGGGUUUAUUUAUAAUAAUAUAUAUUUCCCUCCCCUUCAUUCAACUCACUAUAACAGGUAUUUCAAUAAUAAUAGUAAUAGUAAUAGUAAUAAAUGGUGGAGAGUGGCAAACGAUCGCGUCCCCAAAGAGAUUAUGAUGGGGAUACCAAUAAUCAGAAGAGGCACAAAGAUAAUAAAGGUACUGAUAAUGAUGAACUGGUUGUGUAUAGAAUACUAUGCCCUGAUGAGGUUAUUGGAAGUGUCAUUGGUAAAAGUGGAAAAGUCAUCAAUUCCAUAAGGAAUGAGUCGAGGGCGAGAGUUAAGGUGGUGGACCCGUUUCCAGGUGCCAUGUAUAGGGUCAUAACAAUUUAUUGCAAUGUCAAGGAGAAGGGAGAUGCUGAUGUUGACGAUGAUUUCCAUCAGGCUGACCCUUUGUGUCCUGCACAAGAUGCUCUUCUUAAAGUUCAUGCUGCAAUUUCAAAUGCUGUUGCAGCUCUUGGGGACUCUGACAAGAGAUGCAGAGAUAAGAAGGAAUGCCAAAUUCUUGUCCCAACUAGCCAGUCUGCAAAUAUUAUUGGUAAGGCUGGGGCAACUAUAAAGAAAUUGAGAAGCAAGACCAGAGCCAACAUUAAAAUCACUGCCAAAGAUGCCUCUGAUCCAACUCACUCAUGUGCUAUGGACUUUGACAACUUUCUUCUGAUAACUGGUGAAUCAGAAGCAGUGAAGAAAGCAUUGUUUGCAGUUUCUGCAAUCAUGUAUAAGUUCAGUCCAAAAGAAGAAAUUCCCCUUGAGACAACUGUACCAGAAGCUCCUCCAAGCAUCAUUAUAUCAUCAGAUGUCCCUAUUUAUCAACCGGGUGGAUUCUAUCCAAAUGCAGAUCCAAUUGUUUCUUCUAGAUCUGUUCCACCAAUCUUAGGCGCUACACAUAUACCGGAGUUUCAGGGUUAUGGGGAUAUGAGGAGUUCUUGGCCCAUUUAUUCAUCCACAGUCCCUGUAGUUCCCAGUUUUGGCAACACCUCUAGAUCUGAGUUAAUUAUACGACUAUUAUGCCCAUUUGACAAGAUUGGGCGUGUCAUUGGCAAGGGAGGGAGUACCAUUAAAAGCAUAAGGCAGGUUAGUGGUGCUCGUAUUGAGGUUGAUGACACUAAGGCUGAUCGAGAUGAGUGUAUUAUUACAGUCAUUGCAACUGAGUCUCCCGAUGAUUUGAAAUCCAUGGCAGUUGAAGCUAUUUUAUUGCUUCAAGGAAAGAUUAAUGAUGAAGACAAUGACAUUGUUGGCAUUCGAUUCCUUGUUCCAUCUAAAGUUAUUGGGUGUAUCAUAGGAAAAAGCGGUGCAAUUGUAAAUGAAAUUCGAAAGAGAACUAAUGCUGAUGUCUGCAUCUCAAAAGUGGAUAAACUUAAGUGUGCUGAUAGUAAUGAUGAACUUGUUGAGGUGGCUGGAGAAGUUGGUAGUGUGAGAGAUGCACUUGUCCAGAUUGUUCUAAGGCUCAGAGAUGAUGUAUUGAAAGAAAAGGAUGGUGGUCUGAAUUCUUCUGUUGGUACUGAUUCUGUCUACCCUGUUCAUGCUGGUAUUUCUAUACCAUCUAUCCUGCCUUCUGUUCCUCCAGUUGUUCCAAUGGGUUAUGAUCAGAGGGCUGAAAGUGGCAGUGGUUUGGGCCUGUUUUCAUCAAGCAGCCUUUAUGGAUAUGGAUCCUUACCGAUGGGAGAAAAUAGCUAUGGUUCUCUGGCCUCGUAUUCUUUGUCUAAGCUGUAUGAAGGAUUGCCUCCACCCUCAACUCUUGAAAUGCUGGUGCCUGCUAAUGCAGUUGGUAAAGUGAUUGGUAAAGGAGGAGCAAAUAUAGCCAACAUCCGAAAGAUAUCAGGAGCAAUGAUAGAAAUCUCUGAUGCCAAGUCUGCAAGGGGUGAUCGUAUUGCUUAUAUAUCUGGCAAACCGGAGCAAAAACAGGCUGCUGAAAACUUGAUCCAGGCAUUUAUUAUGGCCACUUAAGCCUUGACAAUAUUUCCAGAUAUUUGAAGGUGAAUAGUAAAAAUCUUGGAAUUCUCUUCCCAUCUUCCUCAAAUGUUUCCUUAGCCUCAUCAGGUUUCAUCUUUAGUUGACUUCGUUUUCUAGGCUUCGAUAGCUGGAAUCUUCCUGUUUCUUAUAAACAUGCCUAUGAAGAUCAAACAGGAAGAUAUGCAAGUGGUUUAAUAUCCCUGGUGAUAGGUUCCUGUCGAUGUUUGCAUGAUUGAUUCUUCCAUCUGCAGAUCUUAGAACAUUGUAGGUUCUUUCCUUUCGUUUUGUUUUACCAGGUCCUAUCAUUAAGCUGUGGGAAGUCCAUCUUAUUUCCAGCAGUUUUUAUACUCUGAUUUCCUGAUCACCCCAGGAAUUACUUUCAGGAAACCAUAUUGCCAAACUCAUAAUGUAUGUGUGUUGUUUUCUGGCCGUGCAAUCUCAUUCUCUACUUCUUUUA